AUGUUUGCAAACCUAAAUAUGUUUGGCAAAUCAAAUUAACAGAAUACACUUUAAAUUGGAGCUCCACCUUCUUUAUAAACAAAUCAUAGCAAUAUUUUUGGGACUAUGCAAUCAUAACCUAUUUAAUAAAUGCCUUAACUUUUUGGAUAGCAAUAGUAAAUUGCGCCAUAAAAUUAAUCUUCUUUUGGUAUUAUACUACAUUUAAUUAGGAUAUGGAUAAGUAUAAUAAUAGGGAUAGUAAAAUAUAGCGCCGAUUUUAUUUGGUCUUUCUUAAAAUACAACUUAAAAUUAUUAUAAUUAAUAAUAGUAAAAUACAUUUGGCCAGAAUCCCAUUUAAAAUUAAUACCAACAAAUUUAAGAACCUUACAUGAAUCCUUAUCAAUAAUAAUAAAAUUCUAUUUUAUUUCAAUUAAAUGAUGUGAAUGUAUUUAAAGAAAAAUUUAGUAUGUUGAUUUAAAAAUUGACAGAUUUAGAAAAAUAAAAAAGUUCUUUUAAGUAGAUUUAUUAAUAACAAUAAUGGCAAUAAAUGAUUUAACCAUUAGGUUAAUAAGUAUUUAGUAUAGACACAACAAGUGUACUUGAGACAUCAGAAUAACUAUUGGGAGGAUAAAAGGAAUUAUCAAGGAAAUUAGAUAAUUAUAUUGCAACAUUAGGAUUGGUUCAAAAAAUAUCAGAGGAUGGAUUGGAGAUUUUGAAAAAAGAGGAAGCUUAAAUUGCUAAUUAUUAAAAGGUAUAAUAAUAAAUGAAAGACUUUCAAGAAUAAUUAUAGGGAGUGAAUUGUGGAAAGCAUAAUUUUAGUACUCCAUAAUAAUAUUAAGAAUAAAUAAUACGUGAAUAGAUGGAACAUUUAGAUUUAUUAUAAAAUGCAAUUGACAAAAUUAUUCAUGGUUAUGAAAAGGAACCAAAUAUGAAUUAGGAUGAAUUAUUAUAAUGUAAAUAUCUACAUUUACAAGCAUUAACUCGUUAUCUAUAUAUGCUUUCCUUGAAAAUUCGAAAUAUUAAUGAAAGAAGUAUUUUAAGUAUAUUUAAUAAGCUACUGCUUUUGAAGUUAAAGUGUUAUCAUAAUUUUAGAGUGAUAAAAGAUCUGAUGAUUUUAGUACAAUAGAGACAUAGAAGGAGAUUUUGGAUAGAAUAUUAAGAGAGGAUAUAUGA